CUUGGACAUACGGAAAAUCCUAUUGAAGAUCGCGAUGAUUAUGGUGUCUCUGAUGAUAAUUGGGUGCCUGAUCCAAUGGACGCUGGCCCUGGUCGUGCUUAUUUUCAAAUUACUUAUUAUUCAUACUACAAAUCAUCGAUGUAUCGUUCGGCUGAUAUCACCAAUUUACUUGUGAGUCUCUUCGACACUACGGAUGUGAUUACAGAAGAAAUCCAAAAUCAGAUGGCUUCUUGUUUGUUAUCGAAAUUGGAUUAUGAUACAGGAAGAGAGGCAAAAAUGGCACCCACGGAGGUCAUGAUCAAGGAUAUUGCUGAUUCCAAAAGGAUUGACACUAAUAUAUAUAAUGAAAUAUCAAUAUCCAAGGCAGUCGGAUUGGAAAAUGUUAAAGAAGUUCACGUGGAAUUAGAAUUACAGGAUCGUACGCUAGAAUUCGAAGUUGCUCCGAUAUAUGCGACAAUCAUUUACCACUUUCAAGAACAAGAUACGUGGGACCUUCGUUCUUUGGCUGAUAAAAUGAAUAUAGAUCCUUCGAAAUUAAAAGGAAAAAUUGGUUUCUGGGAGGAUCGUGGUGUUUUGAAGCUGAUUGAGAAUGAUAAAUGGAUUGUACUUGAAGUUGCCGAAGCUUACCACUGA